AUGCUGUGCACGGCCUAUGUGCAUCUCAAAGACCACAUGCGGCAGCUGAGACUCCUGGAAGCUCUCCUGUGUAUGGCGGCCUCUCACGGACUGCCCGAUCUCUUCACAAACAAAGACCAACAACAACUAGAAUCACCAAAUAAGGAAGAAAGCGCGGGAAAAGCACCCGCCACGUGGUGUCCGCGGGUUGAGGUUGUGCUGCGGUGGAUGAAAGAGUGCUUACUUGUCAUUGCACAGCAACCAGGCGAUGUACUUCGAGCACGAUUGGUCAGGGUGGUCAAAGAGAUCGUCUCACACUCGACGCAGAAGCAACUGCCACGUGCACAACACACCCACGAGAGCUCUCAGAUGGCCCAGACAGCCGUCAUUGUGUUGUACCUGCUGUGCUAUGGCCAGGCUAGGCAGAACAAAGAUAUCACCACCGCACAACAGCGUCACGGGAGAAAGGGGAAAUUACUGCGAACAGCCACAAGCACCACCACAGCCGGGGAGUCCAGUGGCCCCAACUCUCAGCCGAUGGGCGCCAGUUCUAAGGGAGCGGGUACUAGUUUCAAGGUCAUGCGGGUGAUCCUGGUGGCACCGGACGGGACAGCGGAGUAUGCGGAUGUGCGGCGCGAGAAGCUGGUUAGUGGGGCACGCACGUUCCUGGAUACCAUGCAUACUGUGCUGGGUAGUACGCGGCAGGGGUGUUGCCAUGGCAACAGGGGAGGCGCUGGCAGAGGUGCGAAGAAUAGUGAGGAAUUGUUUGACUUCCUGGAGUUCGUGUAUGAGGAAUUGAAGGUGUUGUCACCGGUGGACUUCGACACGCACUAUGUGGAACCAGCGGAGGAUGAGAAGAGUCUGUUGCAAGUGCUAUUCUGCCUCUAUGGUGUGAAGCUGGAGUAUAAGAAAUGGGCCCCCACCGAACACAAUAAGCACAAACCCAUGACGGUAUCGCGAGAGGCGGCGAUUGACAUUAUCACCCGAAUCGCCCCACUCCUGCACGAGAACAAGAACAUGCUGGACUUCUUCAGGCACCAAUGCCCGGACCUCAUGAAUGUCAAAUACGCAGAAGUCACCAAGAAACCACCUGUGGCAGCACAACCCAAUGGUACCCCCGGGGAGCCAGAAGCCGUUGCCAUGGAGAUCGACGAGAGUGCACCGGCCAAUGGAGACGCAAAUACUGAGGGAGUGGACACUGCUGCACCUCAAGUUUCAGCAGAAACAACUAGCGACGCAACGAAUGGGCUGCCACUGGUUUGGAAAUUAUUGUUUACCAGUCUACUGCUCGACCCCGAAUUGGACAAUGAAAUGCUGCAGCAGGAACGAUGGAGAGGGGAGUGUGGCUAUGAAUAUCUCCAGGCACAGAGUUUGCUUGUUUCCCGGCCACAAGUCUUUACUCAAGGUCUGGUGACAAAGAUACUCAGCCAUCUGUCGCGCGACAUCCAGCUGGCGCCCAAGGCGUUCCGCUCGUGGGCACUGUUCGGUACUAUAUGUUGCAACAUACUCUACCGAGCCUUCUAUGGAGAACGCGUGUGGGCGUGUGCAGACCUGGUGUGGCUGCAGAGUGUCGCGUUGGGAGCGCUACAGAUUCUGGAACGCGCGCUGGAGAUAGCGCAACAGUCCGGCGUGCAAUUGGGCAGUGAUGACUCAUCCGCUCUGGAUAAGAUACCCUGCACGGAUGAGAUACCCGAUACCGUGGCUGUGAGCCGCCAACUGGGCCGUCUGCAAUAUAUUCUCUACGACCGCCGACACGUACUACUGCAACGCGCCUGUGGUGACUCCUUACAGGGCGAAUUGUGUGCCAAGAUCAUGGACCUACACACCUGUAUCACACGCUUAAGAUACAACUUGAGCGAUAACUACCAGGACACCGACGCCGAGCAAGCGUGGAAUCGCUUCCUGAGUGCUAAGGCCAUGCGCAAACGACACCGAGACUUCCCACAGCCAGGUGAUAACGAGACAUACUACCUGGACGAGUUCAUGCAGGUCAAAGAGAGCAAAGUCCUUGAGAAACUACCACAGUGCAGGGAACCAGCGUACGCAAUGCUGAGCACAUUCACCAAGAUGUACCUAGCCACAGUCGGCAGUGCUACUUCUUGCAAACCAUACGGCCCAAAGCACGUGUGUGACCACGUGCUCAUGUUGCGACAUGCCGCCACCGAUAUCUCUGCGGCUCCAUUGGCUGACGACGGGCUGGCGAGUGCAGGGACCAAUCAGAACCACGGAAAUUCAGCGGGGUCUGUGGAUUUGCCAGAGAAUGCUCGAAAGGGAGCUGAGAGCGAUGGGUUUCGUGACGAGACAGUUCUUGAGAACGUGCAAUCUACGGGGCAUUCAGAAGAGGGUGCUCCACCGCACGAAAACGAUACACACACUCACUCUGACACAAACCCACAGCCACACCCACACACACACACGCCUACACAUACAAGCACACACGUCAACAAAGGAGCGUCCAACUCCCGAAGUCCACAGGAACAGAGAGAAGAGCGCUUAGAAGAGAUACUGCUGUAUCUGAUAUUAUACGGCUACGGCGAUGGAAUCACUGCCAAGUUCAGGGCAGGGACUCUUAGUGAGGCGGAUAAGAGAGAGAUCGACGCGGAUGUCACAGAGACGGGCCAUAGUGAUACUGAAGUUCACGUGGUGCGUGUGCUCCUUAAACGGUUGGCACAAUUGCAGUCGAACAAACUGUACCAUAAGGCGGUCUAUCGCGAGAGCCUGUUACUCCACUACAGCAAGACACAUAGAAACGCGGAGAAGGCCUUAGAGAAGAUGGAGAAGAUCAUGUUGUUGGACAAGAAGCGGUGGGGUGUCAAGACUCUCCUGGGCGAUACAACGAUUUGGCGCGUGGUGGAGAGUGGCGAGGUUCGCAAAGACAAUCCACUGAUCUGCCCUCUGGAUGAACCCAAGAGCACUCUCAUAGACAGGCCAGGCGGUCACUUCUCGCGGCGAGAGAAAUACGUCGAUCUCUACCUACGCACAGCCGCGGAGGCCCACAAUGCGAUUCUACUGGGCAGUGCAUUUGAGCAGCUGAGCAAAAUGUUCACCAGUUUUGAGUCGGCUCGAAAUACUAACUUUGUAAAAGAGAAGACCGGCAGCGGCUGGUUGGGUGUCCAGGGAACCUUUCUGAUGCCUGACUCACUCGAACGGUUAAAGAACAGGGCUCUCACACUCCUCAUCCGCAUUUUACCUGGGUGUAUCGCUACUCUGGAACAGACCUUCCGCGAAUGUGCCCAGGCCAAGCCACAGCCAUUGGAUAACUCGAGACCUGUGAUGGCAUACAUCUAUGCCUAUGCCUGUAUUUCGGACCAGGAACGCCCCGCAGCGGUCAGCCCAAUCACGCGUAUGGAGCACAUCAAGGAUGAGUUAGAGUACAAGAGUGAACAGUACGAGGCCUUCGUCGAGUGUCUGUAUUUGCUGUAUGUUUUGGUGUGUGCCCACAGCCUACCCGAUCUGCCUUCAGCGUACCGACUAAUGUUAGAGCGAUGGGCUAUUGCGUGCUAUACGCCCAUCAAGGAUAUGAGGCUGGAUUCCAUCAAACAGGAUAUCGCGCGCACAGAGGCUAAACGAAAAUACCUUCGAGACGCCAGAACAUAUUACAGGUGUAAAGAAGAAUUUGAAGCCUACCGUGUGCGGCUAAAUUUGGCACCACUCCCUUUUGUUGGCAAGCCUCUCCCCGUGCUCACCGAACCGGCGGUAUCCAUCGCAGUCCCCGUAAACCAGAGAUUUGAGCGACUUAUAACACCGGAGGAGCAGCUGAGUCACGUCAUCAGCUUCACGGAGAAAAGUCUACCAGACGCCACCAAAGCUCUAGUACGACAUCUUGCGUCAGCCACUCCAAUCGAUACCACCGGCACUAAUAGUGCUUAUCCAAUACCUCAAAGUGGGCCGACAACGACCGCUAAUAGCACCGGUAGAAACACGAGCGAACCACAAAGCCGAAAACCGGUACGCCACAAUCUGCGAAAUCGGGACCGCAUACACCUGAAACGGGCGCACAAUGCCGACAGUGCAAACAAUGCACCGUAGGUAUCAG